UGAUAACUCGUAACAUGUGCUUUAUAUUGAGUCGAUUGAGCAGAGCACAAGCAAUUUUGACCAGCCUGGAGCUCUAAUGCACCGAUGUCGUCCAGUCUCUGAGGAAUGGCGUGGGAGACGAAGGCGUGUAGGAGACGCCAGCAGUUGGCGGCCCAGAUUCCAGAUGAGUGGCAGCUACCUCUCCCACUACAGUCUGAGGCUCUAGUUGACGUUAGGAUCAUCGCCGAGAAGAGUGGUAUUCUCGACUCCUUGGACAUUGAAAUUACUCGAUCCUCCAACUGCGACAUACUGGCGAAGAUCAGAAAAUCACAAUGGAGCUGCGAAAGGGUCAUGCUCGCCUUUUGCAAGCGAGCGGCGAUUGCUCACCAGCUGGUCAACUGCGUUACGAAUUUUCUCAUGGAAGAGGCUUUGGAAACAGCCCGAGAGCACGACAGGUAUUUCGCAGAUACAGGCCAAGUCACCGGCCCUCUGCACGGCCUCCCUAUCUCGGUGAAGGACUGUCUGGACGUGGCCGGACAUGAAACGACUUCUGGUCUGGUUUCCAGGAUCGGUCUUAUUGCGAGAGAUGACGCGCUCGUUAUCAGAUGCCUCCGACAAGCAGGAGCCAUCCCGUUUGUCAAGACCAAUCUCGCCCAAGCAACGCUCCUCGUCGAAUCGACCAACAACGUGUUUGGGCUCGUUACCAACCCCUGCAAUCGUCGACUGAGCGCUGGUGGGUCCUCCGGAGGUGAAGGUGCCUUGGUCGCUCUGUUCGGCUCUCCUUUGGGCGUCUGUACUGACGGAGGCGGCUCGGUUCGGCUCCCCGCAGCGUGGAACGGAGUGUAUGGGUUCAAACCCUCUGCCACCCGCAUUCCCAGCCUGGGAUCCCGCGGAGUGGGCUAUUCGGACAGCAACCUGGGUUGCACUGGAGUAAUCGCCAACGAUAUUGAGACUCUCGUUCUUUUUGCGAGCUCGACUCUUGGCGCGUGCCCGUGGGAGAAUGACGCCGACUGCGUGCCCAUGCCUUGGAACUCGAGCGUACGUGCCCGGAGCAAAUUGAGACUUGGUCUUCUGUUUGACGACGAAAUCACACACCUGACUCCACCCGUGCUCCGAGUUUUGAGAGAAACUCAAGAAAAGCUCGCGGGAGCAGGCCAUGAGGUGAUGGUUCUGGACUGGUCAGACCUUCACGUACGUGGCUCCAGGAUCAUCUUUACAAUGUACACACAAGAGGGUGGCGUCGGGGUCAAAGAAGCUCUGGAUAUGUCUGGCGAGCCUCCCGUACCACGACUUGCCACCGGUUGGUCGGAGAGGCCGUUGACGCCGAUCGAGAUCUGGAGAAACCAUCGAGCCAGGAAGCAACUACGUCUAGAUUACCUGGAAAGGUGGAAGCGACUAGAUCUGGACGCCAUAAUCACGGCCCCGUCGCCUCACCCAGCACCUCCCCACGGCCACUACAUAACCACUGCCCUCUCCGCCAUUUACAACUUACUCGACUAUCCGUGCUGUAUCGUGCCAGCCGGCGAAGUCGAUCUCGUGAAAGACGUGGCCAGUGAGGCUUGGUACGCCGAGACACCCUACGAUAGGAUUCCGGAUUUCCCUUAUGACUUUGGCGACGGGGAACUGAAGAGCUUGUACAAAGGGCCUCAUAUAUUCGCCAACAGUCCUCUUGCGCUGCAGAUAGUAGGUCUACCAUGGCAGGAAGAAUUGUGCCUACUCAUAUCGAAACACAUUGACGAUAUAAUCCAUUCUGAGUAGAGUCAUCCCACAAGAGGCACCGUGAGGCAAGAUCUGCGUACACCUUGCCUAGGUGCAUUCGUUGGUCUCGGUAGUGGCAGCCGACAAAGUAGCAAAUGCAUUACUAUUACGAGUGUCUCAUGAUUGUGGUAUUCUAGCCAAAUUGGAGUGUCAUGUCAGGAGGCAAUCAAGGGAUUGUAACAUUUGAAACCUAAGAGAAUGAGGAGAGACAACGUCAUGCACUAUCUACUGUCC